AGAGAGAGAGAGAGGGAUAGCUGCUCCAAGAUCACGAGAACAUGGAACCUCCCCCGCCCGUACCGGCACCGAUAACUGUUGCCGGAACGCGGGCAGGAGAAACUGGCGACGAUGGCAACUCCUCCGCAGCAACAGCAGGAUCAACUGCGGCUGUCUCGCCCCCACUCGAUAAGGUGCAGCAAUCCGCGCUGGAUUCGGCUAAGGAUGGCAGUGCAUCCCUUCCACCACCUCCGCCAAAGACCGCAGGUGGUCUGAAUGGCGGCGGCCUGAAAGCGGCAGCGUCGGGCGGCUACAAACCUCCAAGCUGGGGUUUGACGGAAGCACCGGGUGCGUCGGGGCUGUCCUUGACCGUGCUCAAGGGCGGGGUCGAGGUCGGCAGCAUCUCUCUGGACAACCGCACACAUGUUUUGCUUGGCAGGCAGCAGGGUGUCGUGGACGUGUUGCUGGAACACCCGUCCAUCUCCAGGAAGCAUGCCAUUCUUCAACAUGGGCAGAAUGGUGCUCUAUUCCUGUUCGACAACGGCAGCACGCACGGGUGCAGCGUCAACAAGAAAAAAAUCCCACCCAAGGAGUUUCACCGUCUCCAUGUGGGUGACGUGAUCAAGUUCGGAGAGUCAACGCGACUGUACGCCUUGGAGGGUCCGGAGGAGCUAAGGCCUGCGGAAUACGAGAGCGACAAUCUCCGUAACUUGCGCCUCGACGCCGGGCGGAAACAGCUCGCCGCAAAAUUGGCCAAAAUCAAGGCAGGCGCGGCGGGAGAGGGGGGAGGGAAAGGAGGGGGUGACAGCGGGGAGUACGGCAUCAGCUGGGGUUUCGACGAGGAUGCGGUAGCCGAGGAGGAAGACGAGGACGGGGAUGGGGCCGAGGGCGACGAAAAUGAGGUGGAACUCCCUGACUACCUUAAAACUGAAGCCCAGAAACGGAGAAGGCGCGACACGAAGAUUGGCCUAACGGAAGAUAACGUGCACAAGAGAGACGCCAAGCUCUUCGAAAAGCUUCAGCUCAAGCUUACUAAGGUGGAACACCUGUUAACCGAAAACGAGCGCAUCACUGCGAAGGAGGGCGGGCAGGGGGGACUUACGGAAGGCCAGCAGGCGCAGCUUACGAGGAACGACAAGGCCAUCACGGCGGUCAGGCUGCAGGCGAGCGAGAUAGUCCCGAUUGAAGAGAUCGAGGAGACCAUCCGUUCCAAGAAUAAGGCGCGAGAGCGAGGCAAGGAGGGGGGAGAGGGAGGUGCCGGGGGGGAAGAGGGCGGGAGGAAAGCGGGGAGAGGCACAGAGGACGGGGAAGAAGACGACGACUACUACGACCGGCAAGACAUGGCUGUUGCUGUUGUUUUGUUUUGGCAUUCCCGUGUACUAUUGAAGUUCAUUCAGACCUGGCUUGCGGCUUCACGCCCAGAGGUGUUCUCUGAAGCUGAAGCUGAGGCGGAGGCGGAGGCUGAGGCUGUAGCUGAGGACGGGGCCACCCGCCUCCAACCUGCUAGAAGAACGGUUGUUUCUCGCAAGCUUGACCGCCGGACUUCCGCUCACGUAUUGUUUUGUCCUGUCAUCGCCUCGCGCAGAACUGCUCCCGUAGUGCCCACCUUGUCGGGAACAUCAAAACCAGACCUCGCCUCAAAGAAGGCCGAGAUCAAAGCACGCCGAUUCGGUGCCAGAGACAAAAUCAAAAAGUUGUCUGCGGUAGCACCAGCAGCAGACGACACUACGGCGGCAGAGCGUAAGCGCGGGGUUGGCUCGGGGCAGAACGAGGCUGCGGCUCAAAGCUUGGAGGCACUGACGAGGCGCGGCGAAGCGGUCGUGGAGGAUUUGGAGAGGACGCAGGCGGGGUUGGCGGAGUUGGAGGCGGAAGAGGCGGGGGAGGCGGCGAUAGCGGAAGAUGGCGGCGUUGCGGCGGACCCGCUAGACAUGUUUAUGACCGAAAACCGACGGAAGGAGAGGCAACAGGCGAUAUUGAGGCUGACGGCCAAGCGCGAUUCGCUCCGCGAAGAGCAGGCGCGCCUCAAGGUAAUGGUGGAAGCGGCGCGCCCGUCCAUGCCAUCCUUGAAGGAAGGUCCCGGUCCGGCCGCUACAACUGCUUCUGUCGCAGCCACCAAGGAGGAGACGGUGCCUGUGCCUGAGACGGCAACCGGGGGUUCGGGUUCAUCGUCGUCGGACCAAGCGGCCGAACCCGAAGACACAAAGGACACACGCGCAGCACUGGUGGAACGCGAGCACAUGCCGGGAGGUGGAGGUAAUGGGGAAGCUAUGCCUGGCAGCGCCGGCAGCGGGAGCCAUGAGAAAGACGGCGACGAGGAGGAAAACACGGCCUUGUCAACAGCACUUCCGGCACCAGAAGCUGCUAGUACCCGUGGUUCGAUGCCGUCACCAGUGGCGCCACCCUGCCGCUCAAAGGCAACCACAGAAGCCACAAAAUCGCCGACUGGCACUGCUGUGGCAAGCGCUGGAACGAGAGAAAGAGGGGUUGAAAAGGGUCAAGCGGAGACGCGACACCCGGGCGUUAAGGAGGGUAGGGAGGCAUCGGGCACGAAGAAAAGGGGUACGCCGGUGGGGACAUCGACUCUUCCCCCCCCGCCCUCGAAACGCCAACAACGACGAGAAGAAAACUCGAAAGCGGGCCUAGCGGGAGAGGACGACGAAGGCCCCGUCGAACCCAAGGCAAAGCGAACGGCGAAAGGGCCUGCAAUGCCUCCGCCUGUGGGUAAACCUUCGAAAGUUGGUGGAGGCGUUUCCGUGCCUACGGCGGUCGCACGUGCAGGGGACGCGCCGCGGGGGACAGGAAAGGUUACCGGGAAAGCGGCCUUGGAAGGCGGAGACGUCGAUUGGGUGCCACCAAAAGAUGCGCUAGAAAAGAUGGCGGCACUCAACCGAAAAUUCGGAUACUGAUAUCAACUGUUUGGAUUGAA